AUGAGUGGGGUUGCUCAGCCUGUCCCGGCGGCCCGCGCGGCAUCCACCUCGGCCACAGACGACGCCAGCCUGCUCGACAGCCUCUCCUACGAGGUUCUCAACAUGAUCAUCGCGCACGUCUGCCCGCCCACCACCAUCACCCUUCUCGGCGACGUCCAGCAACCCGACCCGCUCGACGACUCGCACAACCUCCUCGCCGUCCGCUCCACUUGCCGCCUCUUCAGGCUGUUGUGCCAGCCGUUCGUCGACGCGGUGUACGGCAAGUUCCCCGACGAGGUCGAGGCGUCGACGCAGCAGAUCUUGGACGUCUUCCAGGUGACGAGGCCGCGAGCACGCCGGUGCCGCAAGCUCGUCCUCGCGCAGACGACGUCCAAGACGAUCGAGCAGCUGCGCGCGACCGGGGCGGAGUGGGCGACGGUCUUUCCCGCCCUGAACGAGGUCGUCCUCUCCGGCACGGCCACGUUCGACCUCAGCUACCUCCCCAACUUCGAUCUUCUCGCCCACCUCGAUGUCGCCAACCAGGCGUUCUGCACCUCCUCGCCGCGCCUCACCUUUCCCUCCCUCGUGUCCCUCAACCUCAACAUGGUCAACACGAAGCAGUGCUGGCUCCUCACCAAGAAGAGCAUGCCCGCACUGCGCCACCUGUCGAUCGGCGACAUCAUGGUCAAGAAGAAGCCGUCGCCCCCCUCGCUCGCGACGACCGACCUGCUCGGGCAGCUCGAGUCCCUCGAGAUCGGCGAGGACACCAAGGCCGGGUCGGACACGUCUUGUCUCAUCCCCAUCCUCGACCUCCCGCCCUCCCUGCCCGUCCUGUGGUGCAUCAACCUCGACUCGACCAACACGCGUCCCGUCACGCCGUCGCCGCGCCGCACCUACGUCCGCAUCGACCGCGUCGACGUCCUUGCCGCCGACGACGUCGAGCCCCGUCUCGCCCGCCUCACCAAGCUGAGCGCCGUGCUGGCGGCGCUCCCGGACCUCGAGCUCGUCUUCGUCCCGCGCGAGCUCUGGGCCCCGUCGCAAACGCCGUCGAUGGCCGCCACGGCGGCGCAGCAGGCGCUCAAGGAGUCGCUCAAGGCGCGCGGUGUCGAGGUGAGAGCGUUCGACCCAGACGAGCGCGGCGGCGCGUCGCGGCACCUCGCGGCGUUCCUGCGCGAGCGCGCCACGGCGACGAGGGUCGGGCGGCAGGGGGCGACGAGGGUCGGGCGGCAGGGGGCGACGUAG